GGCGGAUUGAUAGGAUUGGCUGCGGCAACUGUUGGUUUGAGUGCUGAAGCAGCACAGCAUCUCGAGGGUUCUUCAAAAUAAGAAAAUAGAUGACUCCUCUGUUUGCAAAUAAGGAAGAUAGUGUCAGAAUUGAAGAUGGAGUAUAAAGUGGACUGUUAAAGAUAUAAGGAAAAAACUAUAAGAGAAGAAAAGAAAGGAUGGAAGACACAGAUACAGGAAUGAGAGAGAGAGAGAGAGAGAGAGAGAGUUUUAUUUUUCUUUCAGUCUUAAUUCAUUAGUGGGGCCUAAUUUCGUUUGACACCCAUGAGGCUCCAUAAAACGACUAGAGACCUCUUGAAACUUUUCCUAUUGAUUUGAGUAACAAAUUAGGAAUCAAAUUCCUUCCUAGAAUUCUUCAAGCUUUCCAAAAUAAAAGAAAAAGGAUACAGCAAUAACAAAUACGACUAUAUUAAAAACAUAAAUAAAAAGCUUCAGUCAAUGAAUUAUAACUCCUAAUAUUAGUAAGACUACUGAAUUAAGUCUAAGAUCCAUGUUUCCUUAUCAUGAAUCCCAGGGUUUGCAUAGCUAGUCUUUUGAUCAAAUGUCUGUAAUACCAAGAUAAACUUACCUCUUGCUUUGACCAGACUUUCCAACUACAGUGGUAGUUUCCUUGUGUCUUCAAACUUGAGGUGAUCUUCCUUGAAUUUUUAAUGUGGUGUCAUCAAUGUUAAUUUGUUCUCAGGGAGAAUAAAAUGCAAUAAUGGUGUAGAAUUCUAGAUAACAAACUGUUUCUCUUCCUGCAAAUUUCGUGCUAAAAAAGAGUAACUCCUAAUUUUCUCCCAUGGCUGACAAGCUCAUGAAUCCCCACCCCCUCCCUCUUGGCUGAUAAUCUCAUGAAUCCCUAAGAAAGACUUUGAUAUCAAUUUGAUGGUUUCUUAUAAGAUUCUUCAAAAUAAGGAAUAGUUAUUUAUUUGGAAACAAGGAAGAAAGAGAAUUGAAGGAGGAGGGAUAUUAUAGAGAGUACUAUAGAGAGGGAAAGUAAAUCUUUCCUAUGAGACUUGAGACUUUUGGAUUUUGCAGAAAAUUUCGAUUUUCGGUUUCUUUAUAGGGAUAUAUAUAUUUUCAGUAUAUGCCGUGUGUAAAUUGUUAUGCCUCUUCAAUCUUUAAUGAUAUCCUUUUACUUAUAAAAAAUAUGUGUGAUAUAUAUACAGACAAGCACAUCGAGAGGGAAAUAAGAGUUUAAAUGAUAUAAAAAAAGUAAAAAAUGUGGCUUUGUACAAUUUCUUUUUUCCUCCUGGGUUGGGUGAUCAACUCAGCUUGCCACGAUGUUGCCAUAUAUUCUCAUUAUAGUUGAGAUAUGGUCUACGUAACUAUUUUAGUAUUUCAGAGCUGUUAAAUUGUUCGUACUAACUCUUUGGUCCCUUCUGCACUGAUAAAGAGCUACCAUCUUUUAUGGUAUUUAAAGUUGUUAAACCAUUCCCUUGACUGGAGUGCCAAUGCAUGUUCCAGCGAAUUGUUCCGCCUGUGAUUCAUUCUUUCUCUGACCAAGAUAGCAGAGUUCGUUACUAUGCUUGUGAAGCUCUAUAUAACAUUGCAAAGGUUGUGAGAGGAGACUUUAUUGUGUUUUUCAAUCAGAUAUUUGACGCCUUGUGUAAGCUUUCAGCAGAUUCUGAUGCCAAUGUACAAAGUGCUGCUCAUCUUUUAGAUAGACUUGUAAAGGACAUUGUUACAGACUGUGAUCAGUUCAGCAUUGAAGAAUUUAUACCAUUGCUGAGAGAGCGUAUGAAUGUUCUUAAUCCAUAUGUCCGCCAGUUUUUGGUAGGAUGGAUCACUGUAUUAGACAGUGUUCCAGAAAUUGAUAUGCUGGGUUUUCUUCCUGAUUUCCUUGAUGGUUUGUUUAAUAUGUUAAGUGAUUCUAGCCAUGAAAUUCGGCAACAAGCUGAUUCAGCGCUUUCAGAGUUUCUUCAAGAGAUCAAGAACUCCCCAUCUGUAGAUUAUGGUCGAAUGGCAGAAAUACUGGUACAGAGGGCAGCUUCUCCGGAUGAAUUUACUCGGUUGACUGCUAUCACUUGGAUAAAUGAAUUUGUAAAACUUGGUGGGGAUCAGCUUGUUCCUUAUUAUGCUGAUAUCCUGGGAGCCAUUUUACCCUGCAUAUCUGAUAAAGAAGAGAAAAUAAGAGUUGUUGCUCGUGAAGCAAAUGAAGAACUUCGUGCAAUCAAGGCUGAUCCAGGUGAAGGAUUUGAUGUAGGAGCAAUCCUCUCUAUUGCAAGGAGGCAGUUGGCUAGUGAAUGGGAGCCCACUCGAAUCGAAGCAUUGCACUGGAUUUUAGCUCUUUUAAACAGACAUCGUUCUGCGGUCUUGUCAUUGUUGAACGAUAUUUUUGACACUCUUCUGAAGACACUAUCAGAUUCCUCCGAUGAGGUAGUGCUCCUGGUGCUUGAGGUGCAUGCAUGCAUAGCAAAAGACCCUCAGCACUUUCACCAGCUUCUUGUUUUCUUAGUGCAUAACUUCCGGGUUGAUAACUCUCUCCUGGAGAAGCGUGGGGCUCUGAUAAUCCGCCGACUUUGUGUGCUUUUAGAUGCUGAAAGAGUAUACCGAGAACUCUCCACAAUACUUGAGGCAGAAGCUGACCUGGAUUUUGCAUCGAUUAUGGUUCUGGCUUUGAAUUUGAUUUUGCUUACUUCUUCUGAGUUGUCUGAGCUUCGAGGUCUUCUGAAACAAUCAUUGGUUAAUGCUGCUGGGGAAGACCUGUUUCUUUCUUUGUAUGCUUCAUGGUGCCAUUCACCAAUGGCAAUAAUAAGUCUUUGCUUAUUAGCUCAGACUUACCAACAUGCAAGUUCCGUCAUUCAAUCUUUGGUCGAGGAAGAUAUCAAUGUCAAAUUCUUAGUCCAGCUGGACAAAUUGGUCCAUCUCCUGGAGACUCCGAUUUUCGCUUAUCUUAGGUUGCAGCUUCUUGAACCUGGGAGAUAUAUAUGGUUGUUAAAAGCCUUGUAUGGUCUUCAGAUGUUGCUUCCGCAGCAAAGUAAGGCCUUCAAGAUUCUACGGACGAGAUUGAAAACCGUACCUUCGUACUCCUUCAAUGGCGAUCAGUUGAAGCGAACAUUGUCAAGCAACCUUUACUCACAAAAUCAUUACAUGCCGAGUAGAUCACAAGUUUCUGAGGAUAGUGACAUAGACGAAGAUUCACAGGAUGUCCAUAAUGGAAUAAACUUCUCUUCCAGGCUGCAGCAGUUUGAGUACAUUCAGCAGCAGCAUCGUAUGCAUUCAAAAUCACAGGCACAGUUGCGCUACAGUUCUACUUCUUCAACAAAGGAGGUUCGAAGACCAGAUGAAUCCUGGCGACCUUUGCCUGUGGUAGACAUGAGCAGGACUCCCUCAAUAUCAUCACGUAGAGGUCCAGGACAGUUGCAGCUUUAAUUAUUUUGCUCCUUCCCCCUAAUUAAAUGGGGGGAUUAUACACCAAUAUCAGUGUUUCCAACACCAGGAUGAGAUCUGGUACAAUUUGUAAAUUGUAUAUUAAUGGUAGUGUGAUGAACUCAUAAAGAAUGGUGGGAAUUGGUUGGGUUUUGAAUUGAGCUUGGGUGCUACCCAGCUAUUAAUGCCUUUUUAAGGCAUUGCUCAUGUGGUUGUUAUUUUUUAUUGAAAACCAUAUGGGCCCUAGGUAGAUAUUUAUUUUAGAAAAUGCAAUUUCUUUUUACGGUUCAUCUGUUGCAACAAUUAAAUAAAUGAAGCAUCUAAUUUAUGUACAUAUUAUGGAUUA